UUUAAAUAUUUUUCAGGUGUUAACUGAAAUAUUGUGCAAGAAACAAAGAAAAUAAAUGACGACACAAUUUACAUAUAGAUUAUGAGAUAUUCUUGAUUUUAGCAAAAUGAAAAUCAAUAUAUUUUGCAUUAUAAUAGCUUAUUCACAACUAACUUUAGCAAUAUAUAAAAGUUUUAAUGCACCUCUACACUUUCCUUACAACUACAACGAUACGAUUAACAUAAAAUUAAUACUUCAAAACGCUCCUUUAAAGUAUUCGUAUAAUAUCACUUAUCAAAGGGAUUACAACAUAACAAAUUUACCUCCAUUGGAGGCGAAUGGUAUAAUUAAUGCUGAAAUUCAACCACUCAAGAUUAUAAAUCAGUUAUCGAAAGGGCGAGUGAGGAUCCAAGUUGUGAUAUAUAACAAAAAUAAUGAGAUAUUCUCACAAAAGCUGAUUUAUGAAAGCACGAUGGACCACACGGACCAAAUGCAUGCCUGCCUAGACAUUGAACCGUGUAUCGUGUAUGUCGAUUUCAAAAAUAAAUCUAGUGAGAUAUCUAGCGAAAGUAAAAAAGAUGUAUAUGAUGAUAAUUUAAAAAUUCAUUGCAAUAUCGUCGGUUUGGAAUACUCCUGUGAUUCUAAAGAUAUUGGUCUAUUAACGAAUAGUGAACAACACUGGUAUCAAUAUAAUUCUCGUGGUAAGUUUAUAUUGUUCGUAUGUUCUUCUAAUAUAUAAAAUUCAAGUGUCACAAUGUUAGUUACCGUAC